AUGUCCAGCGAUGCUCCCACGCGGCGCACGUCCAGGGGCAACCUGAGCGCUGAGCGCGUGCGGUGCGAUAAGAGCUUGGAACAAGGAGCAGCGACAAGAUGUCCCCGGACCAGAGAGAAGAGGAUAGCGGGACGUUUUCGAGCGCUCUGCACUCUCGCUCUAACGGCCGCGACGCUUCCAACUGCCCUGGCUCAGAGCUGCAUUCCUCUGACAGACUCGUCUGAGUGCCGUGCUUUCAAUACGGCCUCUAUCUCAACUGGUAGUGCCCUGACCGGACUAUUCCCAUUCCUUGUCAAUGUCACCGACACCUCUUCUUUCGACACACAACUUCAACAAUACAUAUCCAACGGCUUCAUCCAGCAGAGGUAUUCCGACUUGAUCGGUUGCUCGAGUUUCGACUUGUCAAACUCGUCCAGCUAUUAUGCUCGUUAUACCGGUAGCGUACUCUGCAAUGCCAUUGUCCAGAAUUCCAUUUCGGCCUGUGACUUGACCGGAGAUGCAACUCGACCGUUGUGUGCCAACACUUGUGCCGAAUAUGCCGAGAGUGAGCAAUCCAUUACUGCAAGCAAUAUAUGCGGCAACACAAAUUCGAAUGCUAUCAGUCAAGUUCGAGCCGACUUCACCAAUUGCGCACUGCCUGCAAACUCUUUGUCUGGCUCAUGCAUUGCAGGUGUCACUAAUGAGCCCGAGAAUUGCGGCUUCGCUUCUAAUCUGGUCAGUCUCUGCUCUUACUGUGCUGCAAGUUCGCCGAAUGCCACCGAUUCUUGCUGUGUCUACUCUGAUACCACAACGCGCUGCAAUAAUGUCGUUCUGCCUAUAGUUGCUACUUCAUCCAUGCAACCUCUUUUCACUUCAACUUCAUCGGCCACAUCCUCCACCGCCACAAGGUCUCCAUCUUCGACACCUUCUGCAACCGCUCGGAAAAGAAAGGGACUGUCGGGUGGUGCAAUUGCUGGCAUCGUCAUUGGGACUUUACUUGGCGUCUUCAUCCUCCUUGCGCUUUUGAUCCUAGCCUGCGUCUUCCUUCGCCGUCGAAAACAGGCUAGUCCAGCAACGAGUGUAUUCAACCAGCCCGUGAGAUCACGUCAGGGCGGAGCACCNCCAGCCAUGGCAUACCGACACGAUGGCGCUAGCAGGAGCCAAAAUGACAGAAUCGAAGCUCUUCCCGGUGGUCGUGUUGCCCGCAUGGCUGCCUUGGAAGCCGUUUCGAGCGGCUCGGAACGUAAUACGCGCUCGCCGACGAUUGCUUUCGACUCUACCCCAGAAGCUCAAAGAACACCACACUUGCGUGCCGGUGGCAUUGGUCCGCCUCCUAGGCGAAACGGUUCCCUAUCCAGCGGUUCGCUCCUUGCGUUCGGUACCUCUGACAGUCCUGCUCGGGAUGGUAUCUCAUCGCCAGAAGGCACAUCCGAAUCGGAACAGCUCAGCUUUUUCAAAGACUACUAUUCGCAAGAUGACAUACAUCCAGGUGAUCUUGUGUCAUCUUUGUGGGCCUACCAACCCCGUGCUGCCGAUGAGUUUGACCUUGAACGCGGCGAUAUGGUCAAAGUCGUUGGUAUAUGGGAUGACGGCUGGGCAACAGGCGUGCGUGUUAGCAUGCGUGCAGAGGAUUGGAAAAGCAAGGGCAAGCUGCAACGCGACAGCGGUAUGAGCAGUGGCGAAGCAAGUCCCGAGGAACACGGUCCGGUGAAGGCCUUUCCACUGGUUUGUGUCUGCCUACCACAACACUGGCGUCGAACCAUUGAAGGUGACUCGACCGACAUGGGCACAGACGAGAGGCCUAACAGCCCGUAG